AUGAUGGCCCCACCUGCUGGCCCCUCGCGUAAAAAGGACCAGACUGCGGAGCUUUUCCGCGAAUACGCUCAUUGCCCUGUCGCCUGGCUCGAGGCACAAGCGCGGCUGACCCCUCGGCCUGCGUUCGUCACUCAGUAUGGCCUCGACGCCUGGAAGAACAUGGUGAGUCCGAUCCCCUUCCAUGCGCUGUGGCCUUCGCUGAUGCUGGUCUUUACUGCAGGUCAAAUGGCGCAAAUGGUACCAUGCUGCAGCGCCGACCCCUCCCGGCACCAAGUGCGACGGAUGUUUGCGCCUUCGUCUGCCCUGCUGGCGGCCUACUCUCGACACCAUCAACGAGUACGCCGGCUUCAAGUGUGUCGAGUGUUGCAAAGGCGGCUGCUCCUGCAACACAGAGGAUUUUUGUGUCACUCCUUUGAACCCCGUUCCUGCCGGUGACGUGCCCCUCGUGAUCAAGUGAGUUAGGCCUCUGCCUUCGUGGCGUGCUGCGCUGACUGCCUUUGUCAGGAACCAAGAUCAGUGCGACGAGUGGAAAGGCGUUGCUGCCCGCCGCCGGCGCGAGGCCAACGCGCGCGUUGCUGCGGUCGCCGCUGCUCUCUUGCCGAAUCCUUUGGACGUGCGCCCCUCGGACAUUAAGGAUCCGCCACAACCUGCUGGUUCGCCAGCGCUGUCUUCCCCUCCCCGCUCUGUACGUGCGGCCGAUCCGUUCUCGCCUUCUCGUCCGCCGACGGACUCGCCGACGUCGCCGUUCAGCUCGAUGGGGGCGUCUCGUUGCGCACCGCAGUCGUCGUCCCUUUUGUCGCCCAGUUUGAACAAGCGCGCCCGUUUGCAGCAUUUCUCACCGGAGCGCCGAGCGACCUCCCCUUUCUUUGGCGACGACGCCUCGACCCUUCUUGUGGCAAUUGGCAUAGGACUCGCCCAUCGUCAAGAUGUGCAGCCUUUGUUUGCUGCCUACCAGGAGAAAGCGAAGUUGUCUGGCGGCGCCGAGGAGCUGCUAGAUCGCCAGGCGGACGACAGCAAGGCGGUACUGCGCGCAAUCGCAUUGUUUCCCGAAGGCAGCGCUGAGCACUCCUGCCUUCGCCGCAUCGUGCUUGCUCCUGUCCCAGAAUUGGAGUCCGUCGGUCGUUCCCCUUCUGUCGUGAGUGUCGUCGGCGGUAUCCCCCGUUCCUUGCUUACCGGUCUUUCCCUUGUCGCAGCCUCUGAAGAAGGAGGUAAUUCCGAGCUCGGAUGA